CCUUAUUUGGCUUCUGGUUUUGAUCCCACUUCAACUGUCUGCUGAAAUGCCUCAUGCGGCUAUCGAAGCCCAAGUUAAGGAUGGCGGCUCUGCUUCUAAGCCACAACGCAUCAUCAAACUAGUCAAAACUACCAACGAUAGCGACAAAAAGGGUACAAACAGGAGAGUUAAAGAUAUUAAGCUUUGUGUUCUAAUUGUUUAUGGAACUAUUGCCUUUUAUCUUGGUCGAAAGGCUAGUGAGUCACAGUCACAUAAGUGGAUUGUUUAUGUGCGUGGGGUGACAAAUGAAGAUCUUGGAGCAGUGAUAAAGCAUGUUGUGUUUCAACUGCAUCCCAGUUUCAAUAACCUGACGUAG